AUGGGCGUGAACUUUAACUACAUCGCGAUCGCCUGCGUGGUGAAUGACCUCAAUCCAGCGAUUCGGGGUAUUCAUCAAGGUUGCGCAAGAUGCGAGUCACACCGACAUUUCGAUAGGACUUUUCAGAAUCUGGGGGAGAUAAGGCUGUACCACGUCGAGCUACAAUACGUCUCAUGGAUGAUUCGCGGGGGAAAGCUUACUGUCGCAGACUGUCCAGACGCCAGGUUCAACCCCGCAAUAUAG